AUGGGUACAUGCAUCUCUUUUCUAAAAAAAAAUUCUGUUAAAGAGAAAAAGAAUACUAGAAGAAGACUCUCUAUAAGCACUAAAAUUGAUUUGCCGGAUGACACUGAAGAAAUAAAAAGAAGCAUACAAGAAUUAAAACACAAUGAAGAUAAAUUUAAGGAAUCGUCUGAAAAUGUGACAACAAGAAGAAUAAGCGAAAAUGAAGUACAAGAAGUGGUUGAAGGAGAAGAAAAUGAAGAAGAAGAAGAAAGAAGAAAAAAAUUAGAUAAGAAGAAACGAAGUUUAAAAAAUCGUUCCUCAGUAGCUGGAGUAAGAGCUUCUCACUUCCAAGAAGAUUUUGAAAAGAAAUGUGUAAAAAUAAAAGGUUCUGUAGAGAAAUUACAUGAAAAUGGUAUUGGAUAUGUUUGUAGGAAAGGGUUAAAACCAGAAAGUCCUAAUCAAGAUGAUUUUAUUAUUAUAACUAUGGAAAACCUAGCAUUAUAUGCUAUUUUUGAUGGUCAUGGACCAUAUGGACAUGAUGUUUCUAAUUAUGUACAAAAAGAACUACCAUAUAUGAUUAUUAAGAACGAAAAUUUUUUAAAAAAUCCAAAAGAAGUUUUUACAAAAGCCUUUCUAAAUAUUCAUGAAAAUAUUGAAAGAACUACAAACGCAUAUUUAGAUUCUUUUACAAAUAAAAAUAGUAAUAAUAAGUUACAUCUAAAUUCUAAUUUUGUUAUAAAUGAUCAAGCAUUAGAAAGUAUGCAAGGAUAUAAUAAUUAUACCGAUAGCGAUACUAAUAGUGAUGAUAGUUAUGAUUAUGAUGAUACUAUAGAAGACGAUGAAGAUGAUGAAGAAGACGACGAAGAAGAUGAAUCCAAUGAUAAUAAAGAUGAUGAUCAUGAAGAAGAAGAAGAAGAAGGAGAAAGUAAUAGUAGUAUUGAUGACGAAUUUAAUAAGGAAAAUAAAAAAACAAAAAAAGAAAAUGAUCCAGAUGUUAAAGAAGAAAAAUCAUUAACUACAAGAAAAAAGAAACAAAAAAAAAAAAAAAUGAAAAAAAGAAAAAAAAGAAAAAAUAAAAUAUUCUUUGAUAGUACUAUGAGUGGUACUACAGCUACUAUUAUUGUUCAUUUGUUCAAAGAAAAAAAAUUAUAUGUAGCUUAUGUAGGAGAUUCUAGAGCUGUUCUUGGAAAACGAAAAAAUGGAUCAAAGCAAUUAUCAGCAGUAGAAUUAACCAAAGAUCAUAAGCCAAAUUGUGCUGCUGAAAAAAAAAGAAUUUUAAGUUCAGGAGGACAAGUAAUGAAGUUAGAGGGUGAUAUACCGUAUCGUGUUUUCAUAAAAAAUAAAUUUUAUCCAGGAUUAGCUAUGUCAAGAGCUAUAGGUGAUACCAUUGGACAUCAGAUAGGAAUAAUAGCUGAACCAGAUUUUAUAGAAGUAAAUAUAAAUGAGGAUGAAGACAUACUAGUUCUUAUUUGUAGUGAUGGUGUAUGGGAAUUUAUAUCUUCAGAAGAGGCCGUUAAUUUAAUAUAUGAAUUUGGAUAUAACAAUGUUCAAGAUGCAGUUGAAAAUUUAGCAAGGGAAUCAUGGGAUCGAUGGUUAAACGAAGAAGAAAAUAUUGUGGACGAUAUCACAAUACAAGCAAUAUACUUAUCCGAAAAAUCGAAAUAUUUAAAAUAA